AUGUCUAAAUUUCCAGCUAUUUUGAACGGUACUUAUGUUAUUAAAAUAUGUAGUAUCGAUGAAGAGGAUAUUCAACUCUUCCUGUCGGCACAAUGUCAUAUCGGUUCCAAAAAUUUAAAUGUUCAAAUGACUCCUUAUGUUUUUAAGCGUCGUACUGACGGAGUUCAUAUAAUUAAUAUUGGCAAGACAUGGGAAAAAUUGAUUUUCGCUGCCCGUAUUAUUACUGCCAUUGAAAAUCCUGCAGAUGUUGUAAUAAUUUCUGCUCGUCCAUAUGGUCAUCGUGCUGUAUUGAAAUAUGCUUCGUACACCGGUGCACAUCCUAUUGCUGGUCGGUUUAUUCCUGGAACUUUUACGAAUUAUCUUACUAGAUGUUUCCGAGAGCCUCGUUUGAUUGUUGUGACUGAUACGGGGGCUGAUCAUCAAGCCAUCAAGGAGGCAUCUUAUGUUAACAUUCCCGUUAUUGCAUUAGCUGAUACGGAUUCUCCUCUUCGUUUUGUUGAUGUUGUGAUUCCCACCAAUAACAAGGCAAAGCACUCAAUUGGUUUAAUCUAUUGGUUGUUGGCUCGUGAAGUGCUUCGUCUUCGCGGUACCAUUGAAAGAGACUCUCCAUGGGAUGUUAUGGUUGAUAUGUUCUUCUACCGUGAUUCGGAAGAAACUGAGAAAGAAGUAGUGACUACUACCGUAUUGACUGACAAAGGUGUUCCUCUAUUUAUGGAUACUAGUUGGGAGCAACAAGAAUUUCCUACUUAUUGGGAUGCAUCUGGUACAACAGCUCCUGUAACCACUGGCGAUUCAACUUGGGAUACACAAGAUGUAGAAGAGUCCGGUUGGGCCGAGAGUACCUUUGAUACUCUUGGUGAUGUUAAUCCUUCUGUUGUCACGAUUGCUACUGCUAAUCCGGUAACCACCGACGAUUCUACUUGGGAUACACAAGAUGUAGAAGAGUCCGGUUUGGGCGAGAGUAUCUUUGAUUCUUCAUAUGGUGAGACUGCCACUGGUUUAUUUGAAACUACUACUUUAAAUGACUCUGGAGGUAAUUGGGCGGAUGAACCAACAGAAAAUGUCAAUGAGGGAGAAGGCUGA